AUGUAUGUAAAUAAAGUUAACAAAGCUGCUGUUUGUAAACUUUGUAUAGAUAAAUUAGGAAGAGAUGUUGUAAUUAAAAAAUCUAUCUUUACUAAUACAAAAGCUUGUACUAAAAUACAUUUAAAGAAAUAUCUAAAUUUUUUUAAAAAAUAUACUCAAGAAGAAAGAGACGAAAUUCUUUAUGGAUCAGAUAAUGAAAAUCAAGAAGUAAAUACAACUUCAUCUUCAAAUUCAGUUGCAAGUUUAUUAACAAGUUUAAGUUUAACUUCUACAUCUUCUGAACAAACUAUUAAAACAACUACAACAUCUAUAUAA